AUUGUCCAGGCGGCAGCCGGCCGGCUCGAGGCUUAUAUGAGGGCGACGCAGCGCCGGCUGGAGGCCACCCGAGAGAGGCAGUCCGGCGGCGCACCUGCAGCAGCUCCCACUCAGGCAUCAUCAUCAUGUCUCUUGGCACCAGCGUGGCCCGGCUCCUCGGGAAGCAAACCGGCUCCCCCGUGCAACUCCAGAGGCGAGCGGCGCACUCGGUGGCCCUCAUCGGCGCCCCUUUCUCCAGGGGACAGAAAAGAAACGGAGCAGAUCGCGGUCCCGCCGCUAUCAGGAACGCGGGUCUGGUGGAAAAGCUCUCCGGCUUGGGUUGUCAAGUAUAUGAUUUUGGAGACCUCACUUUUACUCAAGUACACAACGAUGAGGUCUACAACAACAAAGUCAAACACCCACGCUCUGUAGGGUCAGCUAACAGAGUUCUGGCUGACACCGUGCAUGGGGCUGUGACUGCUGGCCAUAGCUGUGUAACUCUUGGAGGUGAUCACAGUUUAGCGCUUGGUUCCAUUAGUGGCCAUGCAAGGCAUUACCCGCAUCUCGGUGUGAUCUGGGUUGAUGCACAUGCUGAUAUUAAUACUCCACUCACAACCAUGUCUGGAAACCUCCAUGGACAACCAGUCUCAUUUCUCUUAAGAGAACUUCAAGAUAAGGUGCCACCACUUCCUGGAUUUUCCUGGCUGAAGCCCUGCCUUUCACGGUCAGACAUUGUCUAUAUUGGCUUAAGAGAUGUGGAUCCCGCUGAACACUAUAUUUUGAAGAACUAUGACAUCCAAUAUUUUUCAAUGCGGGACAUUGAUCGUUUCGGGAUCCAGAAAGUGAUGGAAAGAACAUUUGAGCACCUUUUGGGCAGAGGACAAAGCCCAAUCCAUCUGAGUGUUGAUAUUGAUGCCUUUGACCCAGCAUUGGCUCCAGCAACAGGGACUCCUGUCAAAGGAGGCUUAACAUAUCGUGAAGGCAUGUACAUUUCAGAGGAGGUACAUAAUACCGGCCUGCUUUCUGUUAUGGACAUCGUAGAAGUAAAUCCACUGCUUGGAGCUUCACAGGAGGAAGUGAGCGCAACAGUUAAUCUUGCAGUAGAUGUGAUUGCUACGUGCUUCGGUCAGACACGAGAAGGUGCGCACACAGUUUUUGAAGAGCUCCCAUCACCUGGUUCUCCAGAUGAAUCUGACAGUGAACAGCAAGUACAGAUUUAAGACAUCAACGUUUAAGGCAUAUGUCUCAUAAUGGGCAUUAUAAAGCUCUGCUCAGCUACUCAGAUGGACAGGCCUCCCACUGACUGGACUGCAUGCUGGGUUUGUACAGGGCAGUUAUUUUUUUUUUCACUGCACAACCAAACUGCUGUAUUAAGAGUUAGACAAUCACAUUGUCAGUUUAGAAAUAUAUUUAUUACUGCAAUUAUACAGUCUUACCAACACUUUACUGCGCCCUGUCUUUCUUCCCAGUCAUGCUUCCUUCUGGUAGUAAUGCAUUCUUGUCAGGUGAACAUGUUGCCUAGACUGAUGGCACACCUUUAGGGCCUUUCAUUGCAUCAACUACCGUUUCCAGCCUCUGUCAAGGAGCUGCUACUUGGCAAUGUCUGUAUAUAAUCCGUGAGAUGAUGGGAGUCAUCAAGGCAGAAAGCUGUCUUGAAAGCUCAUCUGAAGAACUUGUAGUAGACGAGGCCCAUCAGGAUGGCGACUUCCAGAAUGAUGAUAAUUGAGAGCAGCAAUUUGUUUGUCAUAAGUCUAAAAGGAAAAACAAAACAUUUAUUUGUAUCUUUAAAAAAUCCACAUGACAUUGACUAGGGUGAACAUAGUCUUACUAAGAUGAGAUGGCAGAAUCAAAUUCCCUAAGCUUUAAGAAAAAGUAUCUAUAUUACAUGUAAUUGAAAAAAAUAGCUAGAGAAUCUGUACAUAGUAAGGGAAAUCCAAUUAAGCUCAGGAAAGUACGUAGAAAGGGAAAGUCAAUUAAACUCAGGAAAGAAACAAAGGGAAGAACUGACACUGAAGUUUAUAGAAAGCUAUGAGUUAGUAAAUGUGAGAAAGUGAUCUGCAAAGGACUCAAAGAAAGUGUAGAAUUUUAAAAAGGCGAAUGGUAAACAUUCAAAAUCUUGUAGUCUGUAGCAAAAAAGUGACAAAAGAAAUGUUUGCUCCAAGAAAAAUAUAAACAGGUGUUGCAUAAAAUCUUGGUUAAUCUAAACUAUGGCUAGAGCGAUUUGGGCCACUAACCAUAGCUAGUUAAAUUAAGGUCUGAAUGAUGGCUUAAAAUUGGCUUACUAACCACAGGUAGCCCUAACACUGACUUUGUAUGUCAUGGCAACAGAGGUUCCAUUUGUUCACCAAUGAUGCCCCCACACUCCUCAAGGUACAGCUAUGCUUGGCGAGAACACCACAAAACCACAAAGAUGCAUGGAUCUCUGGCAACAACUCCAUGCCCGCUCCCAGGAUCCCCAGCCCCCAGGUUGGGAACCAAUGUAUUAGCAGUCUCCCUUACAGAUGCAACAAGCAUGAGUUGAAUGACUGUGAAAUUGGGAUCUGACUUACAAACAAACCAUAGGCAAAAGAAAAAAAGGAUUUUGUUUUUUCUCUACUGGCCAUUUUACUUGUGUGUUUUUGUCCUGCUGCUAUUUUAUUGGCUGCAUCUAUUUUGUGGAUUUUAUGCAGGUUGUUUUGUCUUGCGUUUUUGCUGCUCUUGGAUGGUUGUAUUCUUCUUUAUGCUGUUUUUAGAUUGUUCGUAUGAUUCAGUUCUGUUGAUUGGUUAUUUUUAGUGGUUAAAUCUGCUACACAUUGCCUCGAGCAGCUCUUUGGAGAGACAAUCUAGAAUUAACUUAAAUAAAUAAAUGGUCUCAACUUA